AUGGAGUUAUCAUCCGGUGAAAAGAUGGCCCCCACACGUGCACGAACGCUCGACAUCUACGAAAGAGAGAGGAAUCCGUCCAUCCUUGCCACGAGCCAAGACGACUUUGACCUCCAUGACGAUUGGAAUGAACUCGACCAAGGCUUUGGAUCUCGCUGGCGGAACUCGUGUCCCGAGAAGAAGUCGACAAGUUCCACUUCCCGCUUGACCUCGCGGCUUACGUCGCUGUCGUUGAGUCUCACGGGUGCAGGCACGGCUUUGACUACGCGUGCCAAGCACCUCAGUCUAGGCGACUCGACGCACCAGACCAUCAACCGUCUCCGCAAAGCUGUCAAAGGAGGAGCAUCACCUCGGACCGAGAUCUUACAGAGAAGCGCGACAGCUGCUCGACACGGACGUCCGUGCGACGAGGUCAAUGACAAGGACGACCAGCCCGAGAGCGAGAGCGUUUGCUACGACGACGACAUGUACGCGAAUUUGAAAGUACUUCAUUCACCCGUGAAGCCUGUGCGUGCAGGUCGAGCAAAGACACUGACCAAAUGGAUUCGCCAUCGGUCGAGCACGACCAACUGA